AUGGUGUUUCUAACGAGCAUACUUCGCCUCCUGGUUAUCUGCACUAACAUGCACACUUUGGUACAUCGAUGUGAGAAGGUAUACAGACAGAAUGACCGCAUCAUUGAAAGCAUUGACGAUUUGAUAAUUUGUAGAAAAGCCAAGGAAGAAACAGUAGUACCACUAAAAGAACUACGUAAGCUAAUAUCUUCGAGACCAAUACAAUUCCACACAGGGCACUUUUUUCCAAUCGAUUACACUCUUCUUAGUGCUAUGACGUCAGUUGUAGUCACUUACACAAUUAUAUAUUUGCAAAAUUUACAAACUUAA